CGCACCACACCACACCCAAUCCAAAUGGCUUCUCUAAUAUUUGAAUGACUCUCUCUCUCUCUCUCGCGUUUCCAUUUUCUUUCUUCCGAAACAACCAAAAAAAAUGCCAAUAAUCAGUAGUACCACAACACUAGGAUCAGUCUCUGGCCUGAAUUCCUUUCUCUUCACCAGCGAUGCCUCCUCCUCCCACACUCCUUCUUCAUUCCCUUCUCUCCUAAACUAUUCCAAUUUCUCAAGACAUUCCCACAAAUGCAAGAAAAAGUUUUACUCACCUUUUCAAACUCCCAAAGUCUCUCUCUCUGGCAAUCCCAAAACCGAGCAACCCGCCUCUGCCUCUGCCAACGCCAACGCCGACGCUACUCAACUUCUUGACGACUCACCAGAAUCUGUUCUUAGACAAACUCGGAGAUCUGCUGAUUGGAAGACAGCGACGGCUUAUAUUGAUAGUGGAUUCAUCUACAAAGGAAGGAUUGAAGGUUCUAAUGGUGGAGGUUUGCUGGUCCGGUUUUAUUCUCUUGUAGGUUUUCUUCCAUUCUCACAGUUGAGUCCAUCACAUUCUUGUAAAGAUCCAAGCAAAACUAUACAUGAGAUUGCUAAGGGUUUAACUGGUUCAGAUAUUUCCAUGAAGGUAAUCCAAGCGGAUGAGGAGAACAAGAAACUGAUAUUCUCUGAAAAGGAAGCUGUCUGGUCUCAGUUUUCUGAACAAGUUAAUGUAGGGGAUAUUUUUGAAGCAAGAGUGGGCUCUGUUGAAGAUUAUGGAGCCUUUAUCCAUUUACAAUUUCCUGAUGGUUUGUAUCAUCUCACUGGCCUAGUGCAUGUCUCAGAGGUUUCUUGGGAUUUAGUUCAGGAUGUAAGAGACAUCCUAAGUGAAGGUGAUGAAGUAAGGGUGAAAGUUAUAAGUGUUGAUAGAAAAAAGACAAGGAUUACCCUGUCAAUCAAGCAGUUGGAGGAAGAUCCACUUCUAGAAACUUUAGACAAAGUUAUACCUCAGGAUAUCUCUGCUGUUCCUGAUUCUUUGAGCAAUAGCAAUAUCAGUGACAUUGAACCGCUUCCAGGCCUUGAAACAAUUUUUGAAGAACUACUACGGGAAGAUGGAGUAGAUGAUGUGAGAAUCAGUAGACAAGGGUUUGAGAAACGGGUGGUUUCACAAGAUCUGCAGCUUUGGCUUUCAAAUGCACCACCCACUAACCAGAAGUUCACUCUCCUUGCUCGUGCUGGAAGGCAGGUUCAGGAAAUACAUCUAACAACAUCACUUGAUCAGGAAGGCAUCAAAAGGGCAUUGCAGCGAGCAUUAGAACGUGUGCCUUGAUUUUAAAUUGUGUUCCAUUCUCUGAUUAUUUAAUCAUUGUGGUUUUUCUGUACAGAAGUUAUUGUCAAUUUAUAAUUUGGCCAUUUUAAAUUAUAAUGUUCUGUUAGUUAUAUUCCCAAAACACUUUCUGUUUUUCAUA